AUGGCAAACAGUGUCGCAAGAUGUCUAGUAAAAAAUUUACUAAAAAUUAACCCCAAAUCCAGCAUCAGGAUUGCUACCAUUCGAACAUCAGCAGUAGUAAUUAAUAGUCAUAAACAAAGCACAACAACAGAUUCAACAAAAUUGUUACCGCCAGCACUGGACCCAGAUUACCACGACAUCAAAGGAUUCAGGCAGUUCCUGGACGACCAUCAUCUGGGGCCCAAAGCAGCUUAUGUGCUGAUGAAAGUCGCCAGAGUUCCCAGGAACACUGCCCGGGAAGUUGUCAAGGAUUUUACGUUAUUCGAAAAGCUGUCUAAAAAUGAUAUUGUAAAAAAUUACGAGGCUUUACUUGCAGCUGGUCUUACCAGCGAGCAGAUUAAAGAACAUCCUUAUGUGCUGGCUGAUACUCAAGAUGACCUGGCCUUGAAAAUUAUGAUGUUCAAUCAGAUGAAGCUGGAUUUAAAUGACGGUAUCAGACUAUUCCAAAUUUCAGCUCGCAGGUUUUCGCGCUAUUUGAUUGUCAUCAGCGAUGACAAGAAAAUUAUUCCUGAGUUCAACAGCCGGAUUGAAUAUUUGGCCAAUCAACUUGAGACCACGCCUAAGGAAAUAUGUGACAGGUUACCGAGUCGCAGUCAAGUUCUUGGAGUUCCAAUGGAAAAAAUAGUCAGUCUUACAAAAAUUUUUCUAGUGGCAAAAGAAUUAGAUAUUAUUCCGCUUACACCAUGGGUUGUUCGAUGUCCAGACGAUAAAUUUGAAGAAUACAUCAAAAAGUAUAAAGAAAAAAAAAUUAUUGAAAAACCUUAUGAAAAUAUUGAUGACUACGUGAUGACCCUCUUUAAAUGCAGCGCAUCGGAUAUCGAAAGUCUCUACAGGCGAGAUCCUCGUCUGCGUAAGAUGAACAAGAAAAUUUUGACCGACAUGUUUACAUUUUUACACCAACUGGGUUAUACUUUCGAAGAGCUAUUUAUAUCUCCUCGAUGUUUUCAUUGCUCACCAGAAAAUCUUCGUGAAAAAUACGAUUUGUGGAUAGAGAAUGGCCUGGGUCGACCCCCCUUGGUCGUUAUCUCUUCCUCGACUGGGUUGUUCCAAAAGUGGCUUAAGAAAAGGACUAAAAAACAAAUUCUCGAGUCUUCUCCAACAUAA